AGAUCCUGCAGGAUCACACCGUAGAGUUACGUCUCGCAGUGUAGAGCGUUGCGGACAAUCCCGUGUGCUUUGUGCCGUUUUGUGUGUGGUUCUUGUUUUUUUGAGAAGUGAAUAGAACCUCUGCCAAGCUGUUCGAACCCACCGAAGAUAUGUUAGAAGCGGACCUCAAAGGAGGUAGCUUACACGCAACGAUGCCACCUCACCACGGGUUACAAUCGUAUGGAUCUCUUAGCGCCCUCGGCCCGCCGCCCAUGCAACAUUUACAACAUCCGCAUCAGCUGCAUCAGCAACAGGCGCCUCAAAUGCACCAACAACAUCACGGCCAUCAACCUCAACACCUCCACCAACCGCAUCAAACUCAACAACACCACCCGCAUCAAUCGCAACAACCGCAACAAAACCAUCAACAAAACUCGGGGGCGAACAACAAUAACUCUAGCAAUAAAAAUCAGAAUUUGGAACGGGUGAAGAGGCCGAUGAAUGCGUUCAUGGUGUGGUCAAGGGGCCAAAGGAGGAAGAUGGCUCAAGAAAAUCCAAAGAUGCAUAACUCCGAGAUUUCAAAGAGGUUAGGCGCCGAGUGGAAAUUAUUAAGCGAGCAAGAAAAACGACCGUUUAUCGAUGAAGCGAAAAGAUUGCGUGCUGUUCAUAUGAAAGAACAUCCCGAUUAUAAAUACAGGCCGCGCCGCAAAACAAAAACGCUUCUCAAAAAAGAUAAGUACCCAUUAGGAGCGGCCGGUUUAUUACAAUCGACGGAUCCAGCGGCGAGGAGUGCCGCAUCCGCGGUUCAACAAGCUACCGCAAGAGACAUGUAUCAAAUGCCCAAUGGUUACAUGCCAAAUGGUUAUAUGAUGCAUGAUCCAACAGCCGCUUAUCAACACCAGCAAUACUCGACGAAUUACGGUAGAUACGACAUGAGCCAGAUGCAACAUAGUGCGUAUAUGAACGGUGGUUACGGUGGUUACACGGGAACCGUUCAAACUAGUGCCGGGUCGCCUUACGGCAGUAUGCAACAAGCCGGAUCUUCACAUAGUCCAUCCGGAUCAAGUAUUAAAUCGGAACCAGUUUCGCCAAAUUCUGGAUUACAUACACCAACUCCCGGCGGCGGUGGAAUCAAAAGGGAAUACCUUAAUCAACCGCAACAGCAAGGCGACUUAAGACAGAUGAUCUCCAUGUACCUGCCCACUGAUACCGCUGCUCAACAUAUGCAACAAUAUGCGGCAACGCCCGAUUUGGGACCUGGACCUUUAGCACCAAUAUCGCAUAUGUGAGAACCACUAUUUUCGGCACCCGAUCUGGAUGUGCCGCCUUUGUAAAAUAUAUAUAUAUAUUUAAAAAAAAUACUCUUUAGUGGAUACGAAAAAUAAUUUGUUGGGAAGUGUAUAAAAAAUUA